UUGAUGUCUAUAUGUAGUAAUUGAAGCACUAAUGAAAUGAGCGAUAAUUCAAUGGAAACGUUGUGUUGAUUGCAGUGAACACUGAAAUUGCAUUGAAUUUAGUGUUAAUUUGUAUAUAAAUAUUGUGUUUGUUUUGUGACACCAAUUGAGUGCUUCAUAUCAUUACAACAAUUGACUGCCAAUUAUGUCUUCAAACGGAGAUUCAGUGGUCAGCAGUGGUAACGACACUACCAAUGAAAGCAGUGGUGAUAACAAUAAUAGUGAAACCAUUUGUGACAAUAAUAACUCUGAAUUGAGUGAUAAUAAAUGCGAAGAGAGUUCAGCAGUGAAGAAGUCGAGGACCGAUACGUCAAGUGGUAGUGACCGCAGCGGUAGUGAUAAUGAACUGAUAAAUACCAAUAACAACAGCAACAGUAACGACAAGAAUAAUAAUGACUCACUAUUAUCAUCGGCAACACCUUUGGCCAGUUCUUCCGAUUUGGACCGACAGAUAGAUCAACUCAGGAGGUGUGAGAUAAUCAAAGAGUCAGAAGUCAAGAGUCUCUGUGCCAAAGCCAGAGAGAUACUCAUCGAGGAGUCUAAUGUCCAGAGAGUGGACGCACCCGUCACGGUAUGCGGUGACAUUCACGGCCAGUUUUAUGACCUGAAGGAGUUGUUCAAAGUUGGUGGUGAUGUUCCCGACACUAACUAUCUAUUUAUGGGAGACUUUGUCGACAGAGGUUUCUACUCAGUCGAGACUUUUCUUUUAUUGUUAGCACUUAAGGUACGAUAUCCGGAUCGCAUUACUUUAAUCCGUGGUAAUCAUGAGUCACGACAAAUAACACAAGUCUACGGUUUUUAUGAUGAAUGUCUCAGAAAGUAUGGCUCAAUCACCGUUUGGAGAUAUUGUACCGAAAUAUUUGAUUAUCUCUCCCUCUCAGCCAUUAUAGAUGGAAAGAUAUUUUGUGUUCACGGAGGUCUCAGUCCAUCCAUUCAAACAUUAGAUCAAAUCAGAGUCAUUGAUCGCAAACAAGAAGUACCACACGAUGGACCCAUGUGUGACCUUUUAUGGUCAGAUCCUGAGGACACACAAGGAUGGGGUGUAUCUCCCAGAGGUGCUGGCUAUCUGUUUGGAUCAGAUGUGGUCGCACAGUUCAAUGCAACGAACCAUUUAGAUAUGAUUUGUAGAGCACAUCAACUCGUAAUGGAGGGCUUUAAGUGGCAUUUUAACGAAACAGUUUUGACAGUAUGGUCGGCACCUAACUAUUGUUACCGUUGCGGUAAUGUGGCCGCUAUUUUAGAGUUGGAUGAAAAUUUGCACCGAGAUUUUACUAUUUUUGAAGCCGCGCCACAGGAGAGUCGAGGAGUACCGUCAAAGAAACCACAACCGGAUUACUUCCUAUGAGUUAUACCAUGAG